AUGAACAGCUCAGCAUUUUCGUUCAAUUAUCAUGCAUCAAAUGAAGAAUGCAAAUCAUCGAAUAUCAAUCGCCAUCCAGAUAAUCUCCGUGGUAAAGCCAUAGGUUUAUGGUACGCUCAACGGCAUCUAUCUGGAAAUCCUACUCGAACAUCAUCAAAAUCUCAUCCCACUCGAUCACAACCAGUAGCAACUAUUGAAUUAUCUCCCAAUGAAAUUCAACGUGUUACAGAAGUUCAUCAAUUAUUUGAUCAUGAAAAAGAAACACGAAAAAAUUUCAAGAGACUAUCAACAAAUAUUCAAGAGGAUGCAAUUUAUGAUACAUCGAUGGACGAUGUUAAUCAUGCCAUACAAUUUGAAAAAUUGCACACUUCAUUUCAAUAUUUCGAACCCCUCGAUCGAAAGCCUGAAAUCGAUCAAUAUUUAUCAGAUGAUUUACGAAAGAAACAAUGCUCAUCAUCAUAUCAAACAUUAAAGAUUCAACGAACUGCUUUGCCUAUAAAUAAGUAUCGUCAGCAAAUUCUCGAUAUGAUCGAAAACAAUCAGUUAUUUAUUCUUAUUGGUGAAACUGGAUCAGGGAAAACAACUCAAACAGCUCAGUUUAUUCUUGAUGAUCAAAUUUUAAAAAACCAAGGAAGUUUAUGUCGAAUAGUUUGUUCACAACCACGUCGGAUUAGUGCUACAUCAGUCGCUCAACGAGUAGCACAAGAACGUAGUGAAAUAAAUCCUGGUGAUUCAGUUGGUUAUCAUAUUCGUUUGUCAGCUCAAUUGCCACGUAAAAAUGGUUCAAUUCUAUUUUGUACAACGGGAAUGUUACUUAAAUAUAUUGAAAAAUUUACUAGUUUCGAACAUUUUUCUCAUAUAAUUCUCGAUGAAAUACAUGAAAGAAAUAUUGACAUGGACUUUUUACUUAUUUUCAUCAAACGUUUAUUGAAAUUACGUCCAAAUAUUAAAGUUAUAUUGAUGAGUGCAUCGAUUCAAGCUGAAAAAUUUAGUUCGUAUUUUGAAAAUUGUCCAAUUUUAUCUAUUCCUGGAAAUAUGUACUCGGUGAGAGAAUAUUUUCUUGAAGAUUAUAUCAUGAAAUUAAAAUAUCCGUAUGACAACCGAACAAAUAAUCAACGAUCACAUCGAAAAUUAAACAAUGAAGAAGUCGAUAAAAAUUAUGAUCACUAUAUAAGUGAACUUCAAUUUGAUUUAGCUAGCCAACAUAAAUCGAUUGAUGUAUUGAAAAAAAUUCUAGCCAUUGGAACGGAUUUUAAUUUGGAAAUUAAUUGUGAUUUAGUUGUUAGUGUUAUUGAAUUUAUUUGUCGAAUAUCUUCUCAAGGUACUAUUCUGGUCUUUCUUCCUGGUUGGAGCGAUAUCACCAAAUGUACUCAGCUACUACGUCAAAGAAGUUUAUUAGCAUCUUACCUUCAUAUUUUACCAUUACAUAGUUUAUUACCAUUGCCUAAUCAACAAGAAAUAUUUAAUCCAUCACCUCAUCCAACUUUACGUAAAGUUAUUCUAUCUACAUCCAUUGCUGAAACAUCGAUUACGAUUGAUGAUGUUAUUUAUGUUAUUGAUACUGGUCGAACAAAAGCAAGUGAUUAUGAUCUUGAAACUCAAGGAAAAUGUCUUUUACCAACAAAUGUUUCACGAGCUAAUUUACUUCAAAGAAAAGGGCGAGCUGGCCGAACACAACCCGGUGAAUGUUAUCGAUUAUUCACACGUUGUAAUGAACGUCUGUCAUUUGUUGAUUUUCCACAGGCUGAAAUGGUCACAUCACGUUUAGAUAAUAUUUAUUUGCAAGCCAAAUUAUUAAAUAUAAGUAAUAUUAAAUUAUUUCUUCAAGAUGCGCUUGAUCCGCCGCCCAUGGAAGCUAUUGAGCAUGCAGAAAGAUUUUUAUCUGACAUCGGCGCAUUAGUAUCUGAGACCAAUGAAUUAACACCAAUCGGGAAAAUCCUCGCACACUUACCAAUGAAUCCUCAAAUUGGUAAAUUAUUAAUUAUGGGCUAUUUAUUUUCUUGUUUUGAUCCAAUAUUAACUAUUGCAUCGAUUUUAAGUUAUCGAGAUCCUUUUGUAACUCCGAUCGAUAAAAUUCAAGAAAUAAAUGAAAUACGUCGUUGUUUUGCUGACAAAACCAUGUCAGAUCACUUAAUGCUAGUAAAUAUUUAUCAAGAAUGGAAGAAACAACGAAAUUACCGUGAUAAAAAUCAUUUUUGUUUUGAACAUUUCCUUAACUCAAAUCAUAUGAAAAUGAUUGAUAAAGUACGUAAUCAAUUGAAACAUCUGAUUCAAGAUUAUUUUGCUUCAUACACAGAUGAUGCAAAUCGAAAUAAAAAUAAUUAUGAUUUAAUAUGUGCUCUCAUGUGUGCUGGACUCUAUCCCAAUAUUGCACGUAUUCGGUUAUCAUUAGAUAAAUCAUCAAAACGUCCAUGCUUAUUAGAAACGAAAUAUGAAAAACGAAUUUUAAUACAUCCCAGAUCAGUUAAUUCGAAACUUCGGGAUGAUGACAUACGCCGCUCAUUUGUUCAAUCAACAUUAAUUGUUUAUCAUGAAAAAAUUCGUACAUCAAGUAUAUUUAUUCAUGAUACAAGUUUUAUAUCUCCAUAUGCUUUACUUUUCUUUGGUAAAAGUCAAUUAUCACAAGAGACAAAUCCAACAAAUAACGAUGAUAAUAUAAUUUCAGUGGAUAAUUGGAUAAAAAUCAAAAUCGAUGUUAAAACAAAUAAAUUAAUCGAUGAACUAAAAGAAAAAUUUAAUUAUUUAGUUGAAAAGAAAGCAUCAAAGAAAAACAUCUUGUUAGAAAAUGAACAGCAUUUGAUUGACACAAUAAUUCAUUUUAUAAUAAAACAAGAUAAAAAUUUAGUAAUGCAAAACAAUUUAAUCGAUGAUUAUUCAAAGAAGAAUAUGAUUAACGAAGAUUGGGAUGAUGAAAUAAGAAAUGCAUCAAAUAAAAGUUCUUCUACAUUUCAUGAGAGUUAA